AUGGCGUCUUCUAUAACGGACAUCCCUGACCAGCUCCUGACCGAGAUCUUCCUCCGGCUGCCCACCCCACAGGACCUCACCCGCGUCUCCGCCGCCUGCGUCACCUUCCGCCGAAUCUCCACCGACAGGUCGUUCCUCCGCAGCUUCCGCUGCCUCCACGCACCAUCACUUCUCGGAUUCCUCGACCUCGACGGCUUCCACCCAGCCAUGCCCUCCACUCCCGCCGUCCGCGCGCUCGCCGCCGCCGCCGAUUUCACCUUCUCCUUCCUCCCCUCCCACCGCCGCUGGACCGUGCAGGACUUCCGUGAUGGCCUUGUCCUCUUGGCCCGCAACAUCGGAGAACAUGGGCAGCCCCCGGUCUUCAGAGAUCUCGUGGUGUGCGACCCCUUGCACCGGCGCUAUGUCCUGCUCCCCCCGCUACCUCACGACCUAGCUGCUUCGCUUGAGCACCCGGUAAGCGAGGCCUGCUGGAAGCGCUUCCUCGUUCCCCUCGGCGAGGAGGAGGUAGUGGCUGGAGAGACAACAUUCAGAGUCAUCUUGAUUUGCAAAACCAGUCUGGCUGCCUUCAACUUCUCCUCGAGCACCGAUCAAUGGCAAGCUGCUGUACCCAAGGAUUUAAAUGAUUUGGCCUUUGGCAAGGGCAAUAUUCACAGGCGCCAUUAUGCUUAUGGCUGUUUCUACUGGGACUGGGUGAAUUUUCGGAUGAAAAAGUUGCUCUUGCUUGACACCAGGAAGAUGGAGUUCUCCACAGCCGACCUCCCGCCGGGAGAAUGGACCUAUGAAGGUAUAGCCAUUGUGGAGGCAGGGGGAGGCAGGCUUGGGAUCUUUGGUUUCCACUGUGAAACUCCAUCCGAUCUCAGCUAUACCGUUGCACGGAACAAAGGCGAGAGUCCCACACAAUGGCAGAUGGAGAAGACAAUCUCACUAGAUUCUAGAUACAAAUAUUUUAUCAAAGAUGCAACACGGAGGUACUUGUUCUUAACGAGGAGAGAAGCCCCAUCUUUUUAUAAUGAACUUGUUGGAUAUUUCUCAAUCGAUGUCAAGACGUUGCAGCUUCAGAGGGUUUACCAUAAACAACACUAUUUUAUGAAUGAGGCAUAUUCAUAUAUCAACUUCCCACCAUCAUUGUUGUCUUCAAGGAGAAUAUGA